CGCGGCGGACAGGCUCGGAAUCCGUAUGUGCUCUCGGCUGAUCCAUGCGGGUCGAGCGGGGGUUCGGCUAUUGCCGUGGCGGCAAACAUGGUCGUGGUGACACUGGGAAUAGAGAGGGACGGCUCCAUACUCUGUCCGGCAUCGCUGAACUCGGUGGUCGGGAUCAAACCGACGGUGGGGCUGACCAGCCGAGCCGGAGUCAUCCCCACCACACCACGACAAGACACCAUCGGGCCUAUUUGCCGCGCAGUGGCAGAUGCAGUCCACGUGUUGGACUCCAUUGUUGGCUACGAUGCCCAUGACGCAACUGCCACGAGGACAGCUUCCAAAUACAUUCCUCGUGGCGGAUAUAUGCAAUUCUUACAAUUGGAUGGAUUAAAGGGGAAGCGAAUCGGUGUCCCCAACGGCUUCUUCAACUUCCCGAAUAGGACUGUGCAACACACAGUUUACCAGCAACAUCUCGACACAAUGAGGAAACAAGGAGCUAUCUUGAUUGAGAACCUGGACAUAGACAAUUUGGAUACCCUAAUGGAUAAUCUUAACAAUGGGGAACAGAUUGCUUUACCAGCAGAGUUCAAGUUAAGCCUCAACUCUUACCUAUCUGACUUAUCCUACUCCCCAGUUCGAUCACUUGCAGAGAUCAUAGCUUUCAACAAUGCACAUCACAUUGAGGAGAAGCUGAAGGAAAUCAGGCAGAUCAUCUUCCUGGCGGCCGAGAACACAACUGGCCUCGGUGCUCCAGCGAGAGCAGCGGUCCGUCGGCUUAGCAAGAUGUCUGCCAAUGGACUAGAGAAGCUGAUGAAGGAGCACAAAUUGGACGCCGUUGUGACACCAAAUGCCGAUGCAUCCUCUGUACUUGCCAUUGGCGGCAUGCCGGGCAUCUCCGUGCCAGCCGGGCAUGGCAAAAUGGGUGUGCCAUUUGGUCUCUGCUUCGGUGGGCUGAGGGGGUACGAGCCAAGGUUGAUCGAGAUGGCCUACGCAUUUGAGCAAAUCACCAAGGCUAGAAAAGCUCCAAUGUUCAUGGCGUAG